AUGGCUGCAAACACUAAUACACUCUCAUUACGAUUGGUCCUUGAGAAGGACAAAUUGAAUGGUUUGAACUUUCUUGACUGGUUCCGUAACUUGAGGAUUGUCCUCAAACAAGAACGGAAAUUAUAUGUCAUUGAAAAAUCACUUCCUGAUGAACCACCUGCUAAUGCCUCGAGGGUUGAUAAAGAUGCUUACAAGAAGCAUCUCGAUGAUAUGGUAGACAUUGGAUGUCUUAUGCUUGCCACUAUGAAUCCUGAGCUUCAAAAGCAACAUGAGGAUAUGGUUGUUUAUGAUAUGAUAGAGCACUUGAAAGAACUAUAUCAAGGGCAAGCAAAGCAAGAGAGGUUCGAUAUCUCUAAGGCCCUAUUCCAAUGUAAGCUGGCUGAAGGAAGCCCAGUAGGACCUCAUGUCCUUAAGAUGAUUGGUUAUAUUGAAAGCCUGUCUAAGCUUGGGUUUCCAUUGGGCCAAGAGUUGGCCAUUGAUGUUAUUCUACAAUCGUUGCCAGAUAGCUACAGCCAGUUUGUCCUCAAUUUCAAUAUGAAUGAAAUUGACAAGACUCUAUACAAUUGCUUAGCAUGUUACGAACUCAUCAAGGCAACAUGA